AGAAGGAGAAGGGUUAUUAUUUGUUAUUAUUUUCAUUCUUUGUAUACAUUGUACCAUAACCUGUGAACUAUAGGUCUUGCGAUUGUAAAACAUUUAAAAUUAAUAUGAAUGCAAUGCAGGAAAUCGAAGAUUUUUUUGGAGUUUAUUUACUAGUCAGUAAAAGUUCUAACCCCAAAUUCGCUGGCCGAACAUAUAUCGGAUACACUGUUGAUCCAAAUCGUCGUAUCAAACAGCACAACUCUGGUCAGGAAGCUGGAGGCGCCAAACGAACUUCUAACAGAGGACCAUGGAUCAUGGUUAUGAUAAUACACGGAUUCCCUAACAAUAUUUCUGCCCUGAGGUUUGAAUGGGCAUGGCAACAGCCGAAGGUGUCCCGGCGUUUGAAACAAAUACCCGAAUUGCAGAAAAAGCAGCGAAAAGAAAGCAGUUUCGAGUAUAACUUUCGCAUUCUAACUGAGAUGCUACGAAUCGGACCAUGGAAUCGCUUACCACUUACUGUACGCUGGUUGGUGGAAGACUAUCACCGCGAGUUUGAGGUUGGAAAGGCACCUCCAAUACAUAUGCCGAUUUGCUUCGGACGUGUGAAUAAAGUGCCGAAUAAUGGAAAAGUGAUCAACCAGAGUAAGCAAAAACGCAAACGGAAAGCUGAAACUGCGGAGCUGAAGAACAUCAAUGGUAAAAGUAAGAAAAUUACCGUUAAUUACGAUUACGACGUUGAUGAAUAUGACCUAAUUGUGAUGGGGACUGAGGGAAAAAGGAAUGAGGCAGAUCCGAUUGAAGCUUUUUCCUCGCAGAAACCCACACAAUCAGAUUCUAAUGAGGAUCACGGCAACCACGACGGUGACAUAACCGUCAUCUAUUCAGAUAAUGACGAAAAUAUGAAAAGCAACGAGCCUCUCCCCGAGGAAGAUUUAGAAGAGCAAACCGCUUCCAAUUGUGUAAUUUGUAAUGCAGUAAUUUGUCCCGGUUCUGGCGAGACCGUUUUUGCGUUACGUUGCAUUCGUCCUCAUUGUAAGCUGCUUUGCCAUGUCGAAUGCCUAGCUGGUCGCUGCCUGGAGCCGGGUCAAUAUGUUCCAGUGGAGGGUGAAUGCCCCAUAUGUGAUGCUCACUUUAUGUGGGGUGAUCUGAUCAGGAAGGCCAACGGUUGCAGCGAUCUGGUGGAGGACUUAAACAGCACCGAUGUGUUCGAGGUGGCUGAUGUUUCGGAAAGCGAAGGAGAAUAAACUGAGUUGAUGAUUAAUUAUUUUUGCAAAUUAUAAUUAUAUAUAUUAUCGUGAUACGUAUUGUAUUAUGCAGUGCAACAAUAAAUUUUGUAAAGCAAAUUUUGCAUUUUAUUGUAAGCUCAAGUGUUUGCAAUAUUGGUGAUUUUUUAGGUUCACAUUUACUAGUAAAAUUCAAUUAGAGUUUUAGAGAAUGAAAGACAGGACAGUAUUUAACACAUUAAACAUACUGUUUACCAUGCUUAUUGCAAUAUUUAAAACAUAAGAAUAAAAGUUGUUUAGAACUAGAAAUGACGAAUAAAAUGCGUUAAUACGAUUUUUUCGACUGGUAUACUUUUUAUUUUCAAUCAAUAUAUGAUGUGAAUAAAAAGUUCAAGCAAUCCAACCUGUUUAAUUUUAUUAAGUAGUUCUCACUGAACCAAUAUGUAACCAAUAUACAACCUUAUUUCCGUUUAUUUAAAUUUUGUUUAUGCACUCUUCAAUUGUAUGGCACCAUAGAGUGGUAUAAUUGAUAUUUACAUUAUGUUUAUGUCCGCUCACACUACGAAUACGACACCCUCGGAAAUAUACAUCGAAAUGAUUUUAAGAGAGACGUUGAACCACAAGUUUAAAAAACGAGGCAGGAUGAGCAAAAAAAGCUUCUCCGCUUUUCGCGGAGUUUUACAUUUCCAGCAAGCAUUUCUCUCAACAAACAGACAAGCAGCUCAGCGCCAACCUUAUAACUCACAGCUAUGCAGCGCCGCUGAUUUCAAGAUCCAACGCACGAUCAAAUCGUAGUUUAUUCAAUCUUCAGCAUUCGUCGUGUGUGCAUCGGUCGAACCUGGUUGGCUGUAGUUAAUUGAAAGUGUAGUGCGUGCGAUUAACAGGGAUAUUCACGGAACAAGUUUGUUCAUAUCUUGUUUCCGACAUCGCGAACUAAGUUUGUGUGUUUCUGCGAACAAAGUAAAGUGAAUAUUUUAGCCGGAAACAAAUUCUUCGUGCAGAAACCAUUUGCGCCAUCUGAUACACCUGAUUGCGUUCUCUGGCCCUGACCGCGGUAAGAAAGAAAACUGCAAGCUAGCAAGUAAUUGAAGUAAUUAGCACAACGGUGGUAAAUCGGUGGUUGAUUUCUGGAAAGGAGAUUUCGAAGUGCCCGAGUGCAUUCAUUUUGGUCAAUUAACAUCGCUUCCCGAAACGAUUGGGAACACCCCGAAAAUCGCGUUUUCCCGUAUUCGAAAUUUGGAGUGCGGUACAAAGACCAUGAUCAGUGUCAGGAUGCGAAAAAACAUAGCCAUCGUGCUGCUAUUGGUUGUCGUGGUAGCCAGCGUAUGUGAUGCUCGGCGGAAAUACAACCAACGGCGGAAACACCAGCAUCAUCCGGCUCGGAAAACUCUGAAGCAACUGGAGUAUGAGGCUCGGGA